AGGAAAAUUGUGCGAAGUACGAUUCCCGCUUCGUUUCUACGAUUCAACUCGUAGCGGCGCCAAAUAAAUUUGCUUCGCUCCGCUCUUCUCGGCCUCUAUUUAAAAUUCGUCUCCCGUUUCGUCCUGCGGAUAAACCGAACCGACCCGAGUAACGUUAUCGGAAAAUGUUUGGCAGAAUCAGGGCUUCUCCGGUUUCGUCGCUGGAAAGCUUUGAGGGUUCUCCUCCCUCCAAGAUUCUCAAGGAAGAUUCUUUCUCUAUCUACGAGGCUACUCUAAUGAAGCUGAAACUCGGUGCUAAACGCGAUAAUUUCUGUAUGCAAAUGGAGGGUGAGGAGUUUAGAAAUGAUUGUUCAGUUACUGAGGAAGCGAAUAUGGAUGUAGAUUCUACUCCAGCAACAGCAAGUGGUGAUGGUAAAAUGACAUUGAUGAACACAGAUUCAUCUUCUACUAUUACUACUUUCAGUGAUGAUGUUAUUUCUACUGAGAACGAUUCAGAACAGCCACGGCAAAAUAAUGCUUCCAUUCUUCGUUUCUUUAAAAUGAAAGAUCCUGGACCUGAUACUUCAUUGUCGGCAAAGAAGGGUAGUUAUGGAUCUGUUUCGUCUUCAGGCUCUGUUGAAUCGAAUUGUACAGCAAGUAAAUUGGUUGAAUGAUUGAAGAUUAAUUUUUCUAUAUGGGAAGCAUGGAUGUGGUGGCAUGAGGGGCAAUGUCAUUUGUGGCAGGAAGUGGUUAUGGAUGUCUAUUGUGAUGUUGGAUGACCGUGUUCUUCUGAACUUGUGAUUGGGAUUGAGUUGUGGUUUGCUAUGGAAGGACCUCUGGUUUUGUGGAAGAGGUAUGGGUUUUGUUCCCAUGGAACAAAAUCUGAUGUUGCUUGCUGUUGCUCCUUUCAGUAACAGGGUGGCGAAAGUGAAAAUAAAAAUAAGGUGUAGACUGUCCAUCUAGAUCGUGAGAUGGAUCAACCCAACAAUUAAUAAAACUUGUGCAUAGUUCAUCUCCCAAGAUGCUUACGUAUGCUAAAAUUUGCCUAUAUUCGGUACAUAAUCAAAUUGUCUGCUGUUAAUUUAAGCUAACAGUUACACACAAGUCUGGUAACAUAGUACACAGCCGAGUUAAAUUUCAGCAACAGUCUUGGCUAAACUUUAACAAAAUUGUAAACUCUGGAUUCUCCUACUAGCAGGCUGCAGGUUAAUAAACUUGUGCUAAAGUGGGUCUAUUCCAUGGAACAUUGGGAAUUCUAGAACUUAUGCUCAUCAAAGCAAAUUAUGGACAGAUGAGAAAAAACAACAAAUAAAAUUUAAAGCUUUAUUUUGUAUUUGUGAAACUUUUAAAACCUGCUAAUAUCCAAAUUAAUGGCUAGCUUUGAUAUUCUCUUUUUGCAAUCCACAUAUCCUUUUCGUUGCAAUUAUUGAAAUAAAAUUGAUACUAUAAGA